GGCGGUAGAGGUUCUGCCUGGAGUCUUUCUCCUGGAGUCUCCCAGAGCAGCACUAGGCUACUGGAGAUUUACCGUCUACCGUACGGGACAGAGAUGAGUGUGUGAGGUGAGGGUAAAGAGGCAGGCAUCAUGUUACCAUCUCGAGACAUCACGGUCCCUCACGUCACCUUCAGCGGCACCGGGGUUGCUGAUGAGGACAUGACCAUGGGUGAAGUGUGUCCUCAGAAGAGGACCUCGACAAAGAACUAUAUUCGUCUUCUCCUCCUCAUCCUCGUCCCUGUUAUCAGCCUGCUAACCUGUCUACUGCUGGUUCUACUGGCCUUCUCAGGAAUCUUUGGAAAUGUUUUCUUUAUGGGAGUAGAGUCAGGAGAGUCGGACCCCCUCUUCGGCACGGCGUACCCUGUCUCCACGGACACUCCGUUCACCGCUAUCGGGACCUCUCCCGUUAACCCUAACGUACCCGACCCUAACCGACCCGACCGUGAACACAACCUCAAACCAACUGGAACUCACUAUAUUCCACACACGGACACUACUGUCACACACUCCUCUUCAUCCUCUUCUUACUUCUCUUCCACAACUCCUCCCACUGUGGUUCACACAGACCCUCGUGAUUGGGUGACCUCUAUGACAUCACUGGGCACCUCCUUGCCAAUCAGCACCACCCAAGAUCCUUCGAGUCCCGCCUCCAACCAAG